AUGAUUGGCAUAAGAUAUGCAAAUAGGAUCUGUUCAAUCAAACCUACUCACUUAAAUAUCAUUAGAAGUUUUACAGCAGAAUCUCCUGAUUUACAAAAUGCAGCCAAACCAACUUUAAAAUGGAAACCAAGUGAAAAUGUUAAAACUAGAUCCAUUAAUAAAUUCAAUGAAUCAUUUAUAAAUCCAAAAGAAAUAAAAGAUGAAAUUUCAUCUCAACCACCAAAAACUAUUACUCAAAAGAAUAAAAAAACAAAAUAUACAAAAAUUAAAUCAACUUUAGCAACUUCAAUUUUAUUAGAUUCAGAAAUAACACCAUAUAAUUUUUCAAGUUAUUUAGAAAAAGAUUUAAUUGGAGUUAGAGAAGUUUUAGAUUUAUAUAAAAAAGUUAGAUUUGUUAAAUUUCCUCAACAUCCAGGUGCUAUUAAUCCAUUUUUAUUUUUUUUUUUAAGACAUAACUAUGUUUUGCAUUUUGAAGAAAUUUUAUCAACCGAAAUAUCUGUUGAUGAUAGCAAAGAAUUAUUAAAAAAAUCAACCUCAAAUUUAAAUAGUGAAUCAUAUAAAAUCAUUUUAGAUUUUUAUACAAAUAGAUUAAAUAAAAUUAUAAACAAAGAAAAUGAACGACAACAACAACAACAACAACAACAACAACAACAACAACAACAACAACAACAACAACAACAACAACAACAACAACAACAACAACAACAACAACAAAUUACAUUAAAAGAAGAUGUAAUUAAAAAAUUAAGAUUUUGGUUAAGUGUGGUAGAACCAAAUAUUAAAUCUUAUAUUGAUUCAGGGAAAAAAGAUAAUAAUGAACUUGCAAUUUCAUAUAUAUCAUGUCAAUUAGCAUUGGGUAAUCAUGAGAUUGCACUUGAUUUAUAUAAAAAAGCAUUGAAUACAAAGUACCCAAAUCGUUUCGAACUUAAUUUACUUGAUAAAUUUCAACAAUAUUAUACAGAUACAAAUCAAAUUGAUCUUUGUAAACAAAUUCUUUUAGAUCAUUUACAAAAUUCAAAAUUAUUGCGUAAUUGCAAUCCUAUUGGAUUUCAUUUUAAUACAGAGUUUUUAAUUAAAUUAUUUAAUAAAGAACAACAACAACAAAAUAAUAAUAAUAAUAAUAAUAAUAAUAAUAAUAAUAAUAAUAAUAAUAAUAAUAAUAAUAAUAAUAAUAAUAAUAAUAAUGAUAAUAAUAAUAUUAGUGAAAAUACUCAACCAGAUUCACAUUUAGAAUUAAUAGAAUUCUUAUUAUCUGUUGAAAAGAUAUUAGAAAUUAGAAUGCCUGAAAAUAGAAUGCCAAAAGUUAUUUCAGGAUUUCAAAAACGUAAUAUUUAUGAAUGUGAAGAAAAUGAAAAUAAUAAUUAUAAUAAUUAUAAUAAUAAUAAUAAUAAAACACUUUUACAUAACAAACCAUUACCAAUUACAUCAAUUAGUAAUUUUUAUAAGAAUUUAAUGGUAAUAUUAAUUAGAGCUGAACAAAAACCAAUCUAUGAAUGGAUAUUUGGAUAUUAUUGUACAAAGUAUUCACCAACUUUUGAAAUUCAUUAUGAAAUAUUAUCAAAAACAGUUAAAAAAGGUUUACUUGAAAAUGUAAUGCCAAUAAUUACUCAAAUAAGUGAUAAAUCUGAUUUCCUAUUAAAUAAUAAAAUGCAAUUUGCUAUAUUGGAUUUAUGUGUUAAAAAGAAUGAUAUGAAUCGUUUAGAUACUUUCUUUUCAUUAUUUUAUAAAAGUUGGGGUUCACAAAAUCUUUUAAAAUCAUCUUUUAUUGAUGAUAGCAACAACAACAAUAACAAUAGUAACAAUAGUAAUAAUAAUAGUAAUAAUAAUAAUAAUAAUAAUAAUAAUAAUAAUAAUAAUAAAAUAAUAAAGAGUAAUACUGAUACAGAUUAUUUAGCAAGUCAUACAUUUGCAACAUUUAUAAUCUAUUGUCAAUUAAAUAAUUAUGAUGAACUAUUUUCAAUUUUUAGAAAAAAGAUACACACAUUGUCAAGUGAACCAAUAUUAAAUAGAAUCUAUGGUACUAUCAUCAAUUAUCUAUUAUUCCUCGACCGUUAUGAUUUAGCAUUACAUUGGUAUGGUGAAAUAUUUUUACAUCCACAAAAUAUUAAACCAUCUCAAACUAUCAUUGAAUAUUUCUUACUUUAUCAUCGUAAUCAACAAUCAAAUAAUUAUUCAUCAUUAGAAUUACUUUGGUUAUCACGUUUAGAAUUAUUUUUAGAUAGUAGAUUUGAAAAAAAAUAUUUAAAAAAAAAUAAUAAUAAUUAUAAUAAUAACAGUAAUAAUAAUAACAAUAAUAGUGAAGGAGUUGUAGGAAUAGGUGAAGCAGGUACAGGUGUAGGUGUAGGUGUAGGUGAAGCAGGUGUAGAAAAUGAAAUUUAUAAAUUAAAAACUAAAACACUUGGCCCAAGUUCACCAAAAUUAUUUAUUAAAAAAUUACAAACUUUAGAUGAUGAAACACUAAAUGGUGCAAUUAAAAAUAAUAUUUUAAAUAAAAGAGAAGGCCUAUCAGUCAAACAAUUUAAUGAAUAUAAAGAAAUGUUAAAUAAUAAAAAUGAUGAAAAUGAUUUUUAUAUUGAUUUUAUAACUAAUGAAAAUAAUAAUAAUAAUAAUAAUAAUAAUAAUAAUAAUAAUAAUAAUAAUAAUAAUAAUAAUAAUAAUAAAAUUAAUGAAAAUGGUGGUAGUAGUAGUAGUAGUAGUAGUAGUAUUAAUGAUUUAGCAGAUUAUUCAAAUAAAAUACCUAGAGAAAUAGCAGACUAUAAUUUAGAGAAAGCUAUUUCUCAAGAAAGUGUUAAAAUGGUUUAUCAAGAAUUGGAAAAUCAAGCUAGAACGGGAAUUAUAAAGAAUGGAAAAACAUUUUUAUUAGGAAUUCAAUUUUUAAAGGAUCAUGACAAAAAAGCAUACUUUGAAUUAAUUCAAUGUCAUUCGAAAAAACUCAUUAGAGCUAUAGUUUUCGAUGAUGAAUUUUAUGCUAAUCUUAUAAAAUCAAAUUUUACACAAGGUAUAUUUUCACUCUCGAAAGAGCCAAUUACACUUUGGGAUUCAAGUUCACCAAUAUUUAACUCUAUUAUCGUUCGUCUCAUUUCAAUGGGUCAUAUGGAAUUAGCUUCACAUUCAAUGAGAUUUGCCACUGAAAUACAUUGUCGUUUAGUUAGUGAAGAAAUUGAAUAUGGAAUUAAAAAUUCUGGUCCAAGAAUUCAUAUACCUAUGCAAACUCUAACUUUUAUAAAAAAUUUUUUCACCUCAAAAAGAAAUUCAAAUUAUAAAAAAAAAAAAAUAAUAAAUAAUAAUAAUAAUAAUAAUUAUAAUAAUAAUAAUAAUAAUAAUAAUAAUAAUGAUAAUAAUAAUAAUAAUAAUUUUGAUAGUAGUAAUAAUAAUAAUAAUAAGAACAAUGAGGAUGAUAAAAAAAAGAAUCAACAAAUUGAUUUUAAUUUAAUAAUUGAUGAAGUUGGAAUUAUUGUCAAAAAAUAA